AGCAGCAUGUUGCGAGCACUGGGGGUCAUGGUCCUCACCCGCUGCCUCCUCCUCUUUCUGGUGGCCCUGCAAGCCCAGGAUGCCCAGUCUGCUCCAAUGCAAGGGCAGGGAGCAGAUGUGGCCAAAGGAAGGCAUCUUCCAGCUCCUGAGCCAGAUUCCAUGUUGAUUCCAAGCUGGUAUCUCAAGGUGAAGGAUUCCCAGAAGAUACCUGUAGUUCCAAAGGAGCUCCUAAGAGCCUUGGAGAAAGCUGCAUCUGAGAUGGAACCUAAGGCUGUGCAGAAGGAGACCUUCCAGAUGGGAGAAAGAGACAGAGUGCCAGUCUCAGGGGAAGAAGGAGAGGCAAUACAAGGCACCAGGACACCUGUUGAGCUCCAGAAACGUCCUUUAAGGUCAGCUACACUGGAAAAAGCCGAAACUGCUGACUAUCAGGGGCUUAGCAAGAACUAUAUCUUAGGAACUGCAGCAGCCUCAGCUGUGCUCCUGCUUACCAUAAUGGCCUGUGCCAUAGUCACGUCAUGGCUGAGGAGAGACACAGAUAAAAGCAAAGCAGAGUCAGGAGAUGGAGCAGGAAGGGGCGAGAGAGACCAAGCAAACACAAAGUUCAACAACAGCUGCCGCCUGUCACCAGGGAUCUUUGCAGCAGAGCUCGCCCAGCUGUACAGGAACAUGGGCACAGACCCCGCACCUCUGCCCGCUUGUCCCAGCUGCUCUCUGGCUGACAGGGCCUCUUCACGGGAGAACUGGGUUUCCCUGGACUCACUCCAGCCCACACCAUCCUGGUGUCCCUGCUACCAGUACCAGCAGGGGUACUUUACUUCAGAAGAUAGUGUUUUGUUUAACGGAUAA